AUGUUGCUCAUAUCAAGCCAGCCGUCGAACGCUUAUUGUCAAGGCAUUGUUGUGGUCAACUUGGCAGGUCCUAAAGGCGGUGGUUCGCUUGACUUUACCCGUGAUAUCGCUCGACACGCCACAGGCAACGACCAGGAGUGUGUGGUCAUGUAA